UGGCAAGUUGACUGUGGCGAGUUGACUAUGGCGAGUUUGCCAUGUCAAGUUCUCAAAGACUUCUCAAAGAAAACUCCCAUCGUUUGAGUCCUGAUGCGUAGACACACUCGAGCACUGAACCGUGUGCAUUGGAUUUUGGCAAUCCGAGACCAGCUUGUUUUUCCAGGAAGAAUUAAGUGUUGGGAAUACCUAAAAUGACUUCGGUAUAGACGCCCCAGAAUGGCUUCCAAAGUAACAGAUGCUAUCGUCUGGUACCAGAAGAAGAUUGGGGCUUAUGAUCAACAAAUAUGGGAAAAAUCUGUUGAACAAAGAGAAAUCAAGGGUUUGAGAAACAAGCCAAAGAAAACUGGGCACGUGAAGCCUGAUCUCAUUGACGUGGAUCUUGUAAGAGGGUCGGCCUUUGCAAAAGCAAAACCAGAAAGUCCUUGGACCUCCCUGACUCGAAAAGGAAUUGUUAGAGUCGUUUUCUUUCCAUUCUUCUUCAACUGGUGGCUACAAGUGACAUCCAAAGUUAUAUUUUCGUGGCUUCUUUUCCUUUAUCUUCUUCAAGUGGCUGCCAUCAUACUCUUCUUCACGAUACAAAGCCCACACAACAUACCUCUGACGGAAGUCAUCGGCCCGGCAUGGCUCAUGCUGCUCCUUGGAAUGGUGCACUGCCAGAUUGUCUCCACACGGACCCCAAAAUCCUCCACAAACACCGGCGGGAGAAGGAGGAGGAAAUUAAGGAAAGCGGCCCACUUGGAAGUGCAUCGUGAAGGGGAUGGCUCUAGCACGACCGAUAACACCCAGGAAGGAACCGUCCAGAGUUAUGGCACCAGUACCUCUUCUAGCCUUGGCGCUGUCUUCAAGGAACUCUGGCAUGCUACUUUCUUUUUAUCAGGAGCGAAAAAAGCAAAGAACUCCAUAGACAAAUCUACCGAAACGGACAACGGGUAUGUUUCCCUUGAUGGCAAAAGGACAGGGAGAAACAACGAAGAUGCUUUACAAUCCCACGAACCCCUCUCUGAGAUAAUCCGGUCAGAAGAGCCCGGCUGGAAUAUCGGAACUGCCCGAAGUACAUACAACACUUCAAAUCAUAAAGACAGUCACCGAACAGUGACAAAUAUAUCGGAUGAAGUUUCUAGUGAGGAGGGCCCGGAAACCGGCUACCCUUUACGACGGAAUGCCGAACGCGCUUCCAGCGAUUGUGCGUUUCGAAGCAAGAAAUCUCACCAUUAUAAGAAACAUUACCCUGUAGAGGAUGUCCCCAAAUCGGGCACGAGCUGCAGCUCCAGGUGUUCAAGUUCCAGGCAAGAUUCGGAGAGCGCCAGGCCGGAAUCGGAGACGGAAGAUGUGCUGUGGGAGGAUUUUUUGCACUGUGCCGAGUGCCGUUCCUCCUGUACCAGCGAGACCGACGCCGAGAAUUCUCAGGUCAACUCUUGCAUGAAGAAGGAAUACAGAGACGACCCCUUUCAUCCGGGUCAUUUGCCCUGGUUCCAUAGCUCGAACCCCGGGCUGGAAAAAGUUAGCGCCAUUGUGUGGGAAGGCAACGACUGCAAAAAGGCAGAUAUGUCCGUGCUUGAGAUCAGCGGCAUGAUCAUGAACAGAGUGAACAGCUACGUUCCAGGGAUCGGAUAUCAGAUUUUUGGCAACGUGGUCUCCUUAAUCCUGGGAUUAACGCCGUUUGUAUUUAGACUUUCCCAAGAAAAAGACCUGGAACAUUUAGCCACACAUACGGCCACCGAACUGUACGCUAUUGUCUUUGGGUCGGAUGGAAACAUAAUGGUGAUAUCCAUGGUCCUCGUCUGCUUCAUCGUGCGGGUUUCCCUGGUCUGGAUUUUCUUCUUCCUUUUAUGCGUGGCUGAGAGGACUUACAAGCAGAGAUUACUAUUUGCCAAACUUUUUGGUCAUUUAACAUCUGCCAGGAGAGCUCGGAAGUCAGAAGUUCCACAUUUCCGGCUAAAAAAAGUCCAGAAUAUUAAAAUGUGGCUUUCCCUUCGCUCCUAUCUAAAGAGACGAGGCCCUCAACGUUCAGUGGACGUAAUAGUUUCCUCUGCUUUCUUGUUGACUAUUUCUGUGGUAUUUAUCUGCUGUGCACAGCUGCUUCACGUCCAUGCGGUCUUCCUUGACUGCCAUUAUAACUGGGAACUGGUCAUCUGGUGCAUUUCAUUAACCCUUUUCCUUCUGAGAUUUGUGACACUCGGAUCCGAAACAAGCAAGAAAUACAGCAAUACGUCAAUAUUGCUUACUGAACAGAUAAACUUGUACCUGAAAAUGGAAAAGAAACCAAACAAGAAAGAAGAGCUAACGUUGGUCAACAAUGUCUUAAAACUCGCGACAAAGUUAUUGAAGGAAUUGGAUAAUCCCUUCAGAUUAUAUGGAUUAACAAUGAAUCCUUUGCUGUACAAUAUUACACAAGUUGUUAUCCUGUCCGCUGUUUCGGGCGUAAUCAGCGACUUGCUCGGAUUUAACCUAAAGCUUUGGAAGAUCAAAUCCUGACCCUCUUCCAAGACGGGAUGCCCACGUUGGGCUGAAGACGACAACUGAGAAAACUGAACUGCCUCUCCGCAGCGGAUUCAUAAUCUCUUUACGGACCAUCCUCGGAGGAAGAGAGAGAGAGAAAAAAAACAAACUACAAAACCCCAAAGUGUUUACAACUGACAGUCUAGUGCAAUCUGAAUAUUUAUUUUACCUUUUCGAUUUUUUAAAGAAAACUUACGUUUUAGCUGACAGUGUGUUUGGUCGCAAGUCCUCAACGGGCUUUGCUUGCCGAAAGGGUCAAAUAUAUAUAUAUAUAUACACGCACAUAUAUAUAUAUAUAUAUACAUACCUACAUACAUACCAGUGGUGGGUUUCAAAUUUUUUUACUACUGGUUCUGUGGGUGUGGCUUGGUGGGCGUGGCAUGGCUUGGUGGGUGUGGCUUGGUGGGCGUGGCAGGGAAGAAUACUGUAAAAUCUCCAUUCCCACCCCACUCCAGGGGAAGGUCAUUUCAAAAUCCCCAUUUCCUCCCGAUCAGCUGGAACUCGGGAGGCAGAGAAUAGAUGAGGGCGGGGCCAGUCAGAAUUUUUACUACCGGUUCUCCGAACUGCUCAAAAUUUCCGCUACCGGUUCACCAGAACUGGUCAGAACCUGCUGAAACCCACCUCUGAUACAUACAUACAUACAUACAUACAUACAUAAUGGAGCUAUCUCAACCCUCGAAAUUUCAGUUGUGUGUCCUCUUAAACAGGUCAGAUCGGCUUCACGGAUUUGUGAAAGAAACGAAGCCCCUUUUAAGCUAAAGACGUUCUUGUUACAGCAGAGUCGCGCGGAAAAAGUCACUUUAUCGAAUAAAAGUAUUACCAAGUAUUUAGAACGUUUUAUCUACCAGCCCCGAGAAGAGAGGGCGUCGGCACACCAGCAUAUUGUUACAGUAUGUAACAAUAGAAAAUUACAGUAGAAAAUUACGCUUACUGUAACGACAGCACAUUAUGCCAGAGAGCUAAUAGAGAGGAGUAAAAAUGUUCUGUUUUUUUUUUUUUAAAAAAGAAACAUCAAUGCAAAAAUCCAGCAGCUUUCUUAACUCAAGGGAUUUUCAGGAUCCACACGGGAACUGUCGUUUAAACAUGAACCGAAUUUCAACAAGGUGUUACCGAGCAAGUCAACAAGUGCUCUUUCGCGAUGUUGUUGUUAUUAUUAUUAUUAUUAUUUUUUAGCCGAGCAAUAAUUGUAAGCUGUUACUACACUGUAAGAUAUUUUGAUAAAAACUAGCUGUUGUAUUUAUUUGAAAACGCGGAGCUGUUUGCCCAGCUCUUUUGCCGCUCAGUAUGUGCACUUUUGUGGUUAUUUUAAUGACGAUCUUUAUAUAUAUAUAUAUAUAUAAUCUUUAUAUAUAUAUAUAAAUUAAACAGGAUAUAUUAUGAUGCACUAUGGGGCGAUAAUCUUGCCUUUGCGAUUCGACAUAAAAACAGUGUAUGCCAGAGGUGGGAUUAACUUACCUUCCCUACCGAUUCGCAAAUGUGAGCGCACACGCCACCUCUGCGCAUGCGCACGGCCCUCUGCACAUGCGCAGUAGUCACACAUAACUUACAGGCUGGUAGGCGGAGCCUCCCGCAGUCGCCGCUGCUGGUUCAUACGAUCCGGACCAAACCGGCUGAAUCCCGCCACUGGUGUAUGCUCAACCCAAACAUUUUUUCCCCCCUAGUACAUUAUAGUAUAUGUGACUUAUACCACGCAGAGGCUUUAAAGUGAACUUCUUAAUAAGGUGUAUGUUUUAAAUUAUAGGAUGAAACGCCGGUCCCCCCGCCCCCCUGCCGUUCCUAACCCUUUCCUGCGUACUUUGGAGCGAGCAUAUUUAAAAAUCAGACUCCGGAUUUCAAAACUCCAAUUUGAAACUGAAAGCACAGAGAGAGAAAAAUUUUCUUCCUUGUUUUCAAAUACGUGACAAACGAAAUUUAUUUUUGGUGCGAGGAAAAGGCAUUUAACUGGGUUUCCUAAACCCGGCUUAUAAGCAAUUGCUUAUUGAUUAUUUCAGCAAACGUCUUUCUCGACACACUCACACACACACCCCAAAAAAAUUCUUCAAUUCCUGAAUAUCCCCCCCCCCCUCAAAAUUCCCAGUUUGCCUCUUUGCUCGGGAGGAAGUUACGCUAUGCCGAACUACGCCCAGUGUACUUUUUGGAAGUGAGUAUAUUUACAGAUCAGGCGGUCUGACUGCAAAUUUAAAAGCUGCGGAUGUGAUCUGAGAACACAGAAGGAGAUUCUCUUGCUUGUUUUCAAAACACAAAUGAGCAUAAAAUGACAGGCUCAAUUUGUUUCUGGUUCAAGGUAGAGCCAUUUAACUGGGUUUCUGUAAUUUUCUAAAGCUAUGUAUAGGUUUAUAGACAGUAUUAGUCAGUUUUGGCUUUAGUAGUAAUAUUAGUAACUAGUGGUUAGUUAUGCAGUGAACAGGGGUGAGGCCUAUAACUGAGUUACCUUGAUUUAAUGUGUACAGCUCUAAUCUAUUUUGGGGGGGGGGCAGAGAAAAUGCUAGUUGCACGCCGAAUCCUCUGGAUUUCUGUCGUUCAGUUGAGCGGCCAACGUGGCGCACAAUAGUUGCUUAUGACAAGCUGCCACUCCAUUAAGGCUGGGAGUAUUUGCUGAAGGGCAGCUGGGAUCUCAGGUGAAAUUCAUAGCCUUUGGCAUAAAAGUCCAUCCGAGUCGGGCAGCUGUACCAAAUUUGAAUCAAUAAAAAAGUUAAAAUCAUCGGGGUUUACAGGUUUAGAUCAUGGGUGUAAAGCUCUUAUUUCGUUGAGGGCCGCAUCAGGAUUGGGGGGGGGCAGUGGAGUGGGUGUGGACAGAGUGAGCACGGCCAUCUUGACGUCACUCGUGUCAGGGGUGGAUGUGGCGGCCCGAGUGCUCUGCGAGCGGAAACUGGCUCCCAAUCUCCGUUUUCGGCUGGGACGGCUUCCUGCAAACUCCUGCCAGCGAAAACGGAGUCCCCUCCUGAACUCCGUUUCCGCUGGCAGAAGGUUGCAAGAGGCUGUCCUAGCUGAAAACGGAGAUUGGGAGCCCGUUUUCGCUCGCAGAGGCACUGCAGGCCGGUCCUUGGCUGUUUCCAGCACGGCCCCCGCAGGCCAGAUCUAAGCACCCCACGGGGCCAGGUCCAGCUCGUGGGCCUUGAGUUUCACAUCCCUCGGUUAGAUCAAUCGUUAUUUGGAGAAAAAGGAUCAGUUGGUUUUUGGUUUUUUUUUAAAAAAAUCAUCUUUAGGAAAGUCGGCUUCCGUUAUCGAAUUGUAAUCAAGCAGGCAAAAAAGAUCCUGUUGCAUUACGUUGAACGGCUCUGGAAGAUCCUGCGUUGCUCAGCUGAUCCCUUGAGUUUUAAGAGUUUUAAAACUUAGUGAUCGUUAAAUGUAAGUAAGAGAAAAUAAUGGAGCUGAGCAAAACGAAUCGGUAAGACAGUCACUUCCUCUGCAGAAUUGUUACAGUUUGACCUUGUGUGGUAUAAGGUAUUUUUAUAUAUAAAGUAACGCAGGCAUUUUGUAUUUUAUUUGUUGCUGUACUAAUGACCAAAGUACUUUCUGUUGUAUUAUGUGUUUAUUCACCCGUUUCCCCCAUCAAAAGAAUGUGUUACUAGAGCUUUAACAACAUGCAGUGUGUAAUUUUAUCAUGUCAAAUUUUGACGCACACUUGACCUGUUCUUCUUUAUUUGUGUUGUCUGAUGUUCAGGUUAUGUUUAGGAAUUAAGUCUAUUUUAUAUAUGGGUUUUUUUUUUGUUCCAAAAUACGGUACAGACCUACGUAAAAAGCUAAAUUUUACAAAGAAUAUAUUUUAAGAAGAAAAACAAAACUUAAGAACUGUAUGAAUUUGAGGAUGAGGUUUGCAUAGCGAUCAGAAAUCAUAUUCCAUUCUGCCUUACCAUUUUGUAAAAAAAAAAAAAGAAAAGAAAAAAGAAUAGAUGUUUUCGCAAGGAAGCAUUUUGGGUUAUUUUUGUUUUGUUUUUAAGUAUCAAAAUACAGAGUAUAUGAUCUCAUUAGAAGGCAGCGGUUUGAGUUUUGAGCAGAAAUUUGAUCGUAAGUGUACCGUAACUCUGCAAUUUCGUGGUAUGCUGGUUUGUUGCACUAAUUAUGGUUAGCAUUAGCAGACUUAAGCAUGAGGGCUACCGCUACCAGGUAGGAAAUGUGUACCUCAUAAUAAUGACAGGUUUAAAUUGUGCCAUGGGUAUAUCAAACCUGCAAUUGAGAAGCUAAGCAUAUCUUUAUUUGAGAGACAGCGGUAAGGAGAAUGUGGCAAAUGUUGUUUCAUUGUUGUUGACGUAUGUUUGUAACUGGCAACGUGCUAAAGCUUGGAAUAAAAUCUGUGGCUGAUGGUUUAA